AUGGGAGAAGGCGUUUAUGCCGAGGUGUACAAAGCCCUCAACAAACGCACAGGAGAAAUCGUGGCCCUAAAACAGGUAAAAAACAUGAAGCGUGCGUCAUAUUUCUGGCUUCGUGAACUCAAAAUGAUGAGUACCAUCGGCGACCUGGAUGCAGACUCCAGCAACUGUAUCCGUUUGAACAACUGCUUCAGAUCCGCUGAUGGCGACCACUUCAUGGAGUUUGAAAUGUUGGACCAGAACGUCCUCCAGUUCAUGGAGAAGAGAGACGCACCGUUCUCUUUAAAAGAACUCCGGCCCAUGGCUAAAGGCCUCCUCGUGGCUUUGGAAAGUCUCCGGUCCGUCGGUGUCAUUCACACUGAUAUCAAACUGGACAACAUCAUGUUUGUGGACCAGGAAGCAAAGCCGUUCAAAGUUAAACUGAUUGAUUUUGGCGUGGCAAAGUUUAAGAAGGAGAUGCACAUUGGGGACUCGAUACAGCCCAUAGCUUACCGCGCCCCAGAAGUGACCCUUGGCCUGCCGCUGUCCGAGGCCGUGGACAUGUGGGGUCUUGGCUGCUGUCUCCUGGAAUGCUUUCUGAAAUGUUUGCCUUUCAAUGUUGCAUCCCCAUAUGACCACCUCCAACAGAUCACAAAACUGUUGGGAGUCCCUGAUGCAGGCCUCAUUACUCGGGCUAAAGAGGGAACUGGAUUCUUUGUUCAAGAGAAAUCCGGGGAAUGGCGACUUAAAUCGAUCUUUGAAUACCGGGACUCAAAGGGAAACGUCCCCGAAAUGGAGAAAAACACACUAGAGUUUGCUUCCGACUUAGAAGAUGUCAUAUUGAAUACUUUUGAAUUCUCUUCUGGUAUUGAACAUGAGGACAGAAAGGUUUUCCUAGAUCUUCUCAAGAAAAUGUUGGAGGUGGACCCAGACAAAAGGAUCACUCCGGCUGAGGCGCUCCUUCACCCCUUCAUCACCAUGAGCCACUUUCUACCCGCUUUAGCCAACGUAGAAAACUCAGAGCAACUACUGGACUACAAACCGAAAAGCAGUGGCACUUCCCGUCGCCUCACAUGGUUCAUUCCUACCCUCAGAAACAAUAAGUUCCACUGA